ACAGUCAAAUGAGUUCGCGCACUUCUAAUGACUUUUCUCAGUCAUCUGUACCGUUUUGCCAAAACAGAAAUAAGUUCAUAACAUUUCACGAUAUACACCCCGAAGGCCGAGGACUUUUGCACAAAUACGAUGAUUUCACUGACGCAGCACUUGUGGCUAUUCAAACAAACCGCACUUUGAUAGAUUACUUACCAAAGCUGCGAGCGGCACAUGCCAAAAAAGGACUGGGCCAAGAGGAAAUUGAGAUUGAGAAGAACGAUCUGAUUCCGUGGAAAGUUGGAAAUAUUUUUGACAUAACAAGUCUGCAGUAUACUAUAAAACGGAUCUCGGGAAACUCCGCAUAUCGCGACACUCCGCCAGCAUUUUAAGGGACGAUUUCUUCGUUCGACCGAUUUUGAAAUCUUUCAACAAGAACCGUUUAGAAGCAACGGGUAUAUGAUUUUUGCAGUCGAGCUAGAGUUACAAAGAUUGUCUGCUGGUUACAUUGCGACAUUGCCCGAUCCCCAUAAUUUUAGGCCAUCAAAUCGAUUGGGUAUUAUUGUGAGCGAUUACUACGAAUGUUACUCGGAUAUGAAAAAUAACAAAAAAGCAGAUAGAAGGAAAAAAGCUAAACUGAACUGAUAUGCCAUUACAGCCACUUUUUAGUUCUGUAAAUGAUUUGAAAAAAGUCCUUUUUUUAGUAGAUUGGAGGGGUUGGGGAAACAGAAUUUUUACAAAUAAUGACGGAAAAAUAGCAGUAACAAAAAAGAACAAAAAGGGUUUCUUUGUAAAAAAAAAGAUCGAAUCUAUAAGGGUUUUCCAUCGUGAUUGUAUCAUUUUGUAUCAACUCUUAGCCUAAUUUUUGUUUAAAUUACG